AUGGACAACUCUGCGCCAGCGUCAGGACAGAAUGACACCACCGCGACGACGAGUAGAGCAUUGACCCACGAACCACCCCCUUUCCUCUCGAGGAUAACCCGCCUCUCCCGAAUCUACACGGCGAAAUCGCUAGCUUUUCCUUCGGCCUGGCUCAGGGAGUGGAAGGAGUACUUUUACCCGCCGUCGACGAGGCCGGAUAUAGUGAAGAGUUAUGAUAUCUUCUUCCCCUCCUCCUACGACCUAACCUCCCCCUCCACCCUCCCAACUCUCUUCACAGUCCACGGCUCCGCCGCCGCGCCUUUUGUCCUGGGCACUCCGAGAGAUGACGACGAGUUCAACCGGACAUUUGCGGAUAAAUACCACGUCUUGGUGAUAGCGCUGAACUACUCCAAAGCCCCUGCUUCGGUGUUUCCCGCACCGGUGCACGACGUGGAGGCUUUGCUGGUCGAUGCGUUGGGGGAUGAGAGUCUUCCUAUAGACAGAACGUCUCCAAGGGGGGUGGACGACGAUAAGAAGAAGGGACGGGUGGGGAUACUGGGUUUCGGUGCGGGGGGGAAUUUAGCGAUGGCGGUGACGCUGCUUGAAGGGGUGAAGAGGGAGGAGUGUUGCCCGGGAGUGGUGGUCAGUUGGGGGGGUUGGCUGGAUCUUGCGGCGGGCGGUGGGGAGGAGGGGGCGUGGAGGUGGGGGUAUGUGCCUUAUGGGGUUGACUUGAGGGACGGGUUGGUUAGUCCUUUUUAUGCGCGGGGUGGGGAGGGGUUUAGGGGGUUUAUUGCUGGGGAGGGGGAUGGGUUGGCUGGGGAGAAUGAGGGUUUGGCUAGGAGGUUGGUGGGGAAGGGGGAGGUAAGCAGGAGGGAGAUAAACUCGGAAGGGGGGGUUAAGAAAAGGUUGGAGAAAGAGGACGAGAGGUUUUGGUUUGAGGAGGGGAGGGUGAAGUGGGUGCUUGUGCCGGGGGUUGGGGCCGGGUUUGAGCAUAGGGAGGUGAGGGAGGAGAUGGGUUGGGAGGAGGAGGUGGUUAAGGAUGCGGAGGAGAAGACGGAGUUGGUGAUGGAGGAGUUAGGGGGCUGGCUGAGAAGGGUUUGGGGGGUGAAUGGGUGA